AAGGAACCGUCCCGUCCGUCCCCCCCCCCGCCCCCCGCACUCUGGUCAAUUGCUUCAUCGGAUUUUUCAACGUCUCUAGCAGUUCUGCACCGACCGGUGGAAUGGAUCCCGAUCGAUUUCUCCCUUUUGCCCCCGCCAUCCCCGUGAUGAGUUGCGCUCCGGGCCUCACAGAUCUCCCUCAAAGGAUUCCGGUGGCUUUUCUCUAAGUUCUUUGGCGCGACCAGGAAACAAACAAAACAAAACAAAAACAAAAAUACUAAUUAAUCUGUCAAGUUUUCUUCUUGGCUGUCAGGAAGGAUCGUCGCUCCUAAAAAAAGUGGGGGGAGGGGGCGGCUGACUUCGGGGUUGGGAAAGAAAAAAAGAAAAAAAAAAAAAACCCAACCACCACCACACAAACUCCGAUCUGGAGCUAAGCGAGCGGAUUCCCCCUCCGCCGCCUUCCUCCGUUCAUGUGAGCCGUGAGAAAGCCGCGAUCUCCGGUUGGGAAAGAGCAGCGGAGCGCCAGGAGGCGUCUGGCCCGUCGGGAUGGGGGAUACGGCGCCCCCUCAAGCCCUGGGUCUCCUCGGAGGAGGAGGAGGAGGAGGCUCGAUGGCGGCGGCGGCGGCCCCGCGGGUUCACAGCGCGAUCGUGGAGAGGCUCCGGGCGCGCAUCGCCGUUUGCCGCCAACACCACUUGACCUGCGAGGGCCGCUACGAGCGGGGCCGCGCCGAGAGCUCGGAUCGCGAGCGGGAGAACACCUUGCAGCUCCUUAACCUGGUGCAACACGGCCAGGCGGCCCGCAAGGGAAGCAAGCACAGCAAAGCGGCGGCAGGGGCAGGGACGGCCGGAGGCAACGGCUCGGCCGCGCCUUCUGCUAACGCCGCAGCGCCCCCGGCGACCGACUACUAUCCCCCGCAGCUGAUGAGCAACGGCAGCGCUGGUGGCAGGAGUGGGAUCAACGGGGAGCAGCCGAGCGCCGCCGCUGGAGGCGAGCCCAGGAAUCCGGCCCUGAUUGCGCUCCAGGGUUCCUUGAAGAGAAAACUGGUGGUAAAUCUGACACCAGGCAAUAACAAGAGAUCGAAUGGCAUUGCUGACAACACUUUCCUGGAUAUUAAGAGAAUCCGAGGUGGUGAUAAUAACCUUUCCAUGGGACGUGGUCAGUGUGGAAACAGUUGCUCAAACCAGUCAGUGUUGGGAUCAUUCUCAGUUGGUCAAGGUGCUCCAAGGAAAAUGGACAACUCAACCAGCAGCAAUCAUUCUGGGGCCAACGGGAUGUUUAACAUGACUCUAAAAGAGGUCAAGAAGGAACCCGGGGAGACGAUCUCUUGUAGUAAACAUCUGGAUGGUCAGACAUCCCACAACAGUGUUUAUCCUAACAGAUAUGGAGAAGACACAGGGGAACAGUUGAUGGACCCAGAACUUCAGGAGCUAUUCAAUGAACUGAGUAAUAUUUCUGUGCCCCCCAUGAGUGACCUUGAAUUAGAAAACAUGAUAAAUGCCACCAUCAAGCAAGACGAACCAUUCAACAUUGACAUUGGUCAGCAGAUCCAGAGAGGGCCCCCUGCCCAAUCAUCUUCCCUGCAGAUGGACAAAAUGGUAAUCAAACAAGAGUAUUCACCGGGGUUGAGCCAAGCUUCAGUGGGAUCCCCUCAAAUGAGGCCUCCUUCUACAGACUCGGCUUUCACCAUGCCUGGUGCUGCUAUGUCCACCUCAUCUCCCAUUCCUUCAGUACCUCAGACUCAGACUCCUCCUUCUCAAGGGACGUCAGUCCCCACUCGGCCACUGGCCAAUUGGCAAGAAGUUUCUCAUGCCCAACAAUUAAAGCAAAUAGCAGCGAACAGGCAACAGCAUGCUCUGAUUCAGCAGUGCCAACAAAGUCAAUCAGCCACUUCCUGGCCUGGUUUGUCAUCUACAGAACCAUCUUCUGGAUCUUUUGUGCAGGAGAAGAUGUCUAGCCCAUCCUUCCACCAGCAGCAACAGUUCAGCCCGCAAAGUUCUACAAUGUCUGGCAUCCCAGUCAAUGGGACUCCAUCCAAAGGCAUGAACAGUUACUCCUAUCGGCCAAACUCCAUGCCCCAAGGAAGUUCUGUCAACAUGGUAAUGCCCCGAAAGCCUCAAGACAUCCCCAGAAAUUAUGUCGGCAACAAUCAGGUGUCGCUGGACGAAUCUCAGAACAGUAUCAAGCCUUUGUUUCAUUUCAACUCAGAACAAGCCAGCAAGCAGAUCUCUUCUGGUUUGGGAGCCCCCAAUAAACCUUCUCUUCUCCACUAUGCACAGCAGCCCCCCCAACAGUUGUCUAGCUCAGCGGUUCAACCACAAACUUCACAGCAGCAGCAGCCGCCAUAUUCGGCCCAACCUCAGCAUCUCCAAAGGCCCCCCAACGUCCCCUUAGCUUUACAGCAAAAGAUCAUGCUCCAGAAAAUGCUACAAAACCAACCUGGUUCAGCACUGCAGUUCCUGGGCCCACAGAAUCAGAUGAAUCAACAUACCGUCUUGAGUCAAAGUGGAGGCACCAACCCAGGACCUGCCUCGUGCACAAAUGCAAACACUGGAACCAACUACAUCAACUCAUCGCCACAAGCAUUGCUGAAUCAGCAGCUGAAACAACAGUUCCUCCUUCAGCAGCAGCAGCAGCAGCACCAAAUACUAACCGAAGCAGAGAAAGCAACCCCUCAAGAUCAACUGAAUAGACACCUUACAAGACCACCACCAGAUUAUAAGGACCAAAGAAGGGGACAAGUCAACGUGCAGCAAACACACCAAUAUUCUGGUGGAUCGCCGGCUGUGAGCAUCAACUCCAACCUAUGUUUCUCCAAUCCCAUUUCCACUCCUAACAUUUUGCCACAGCAAUCAAAUCUCUUGUCCACGACUCACGGCACCAGAAUGCCUUCUCUUCCAGCAGGCCACCAUGUCAGCUGCUACGGAAACAUUCCCUGCAGUCAACCCAAUGCGUAUAAUGUGGCACCAUCCGGAGUAAGCCAAGUUGCACAGCAUAGAAAUCUAAACCCAAUUGUAACCGCUCAAAACAACCCCGCAGCGUCUCGGCCAGCACCAGCUGGGCAAGGCAAUAACAUGCCGACCUUUGACAAUGGCUUGGGAGUUAACUCCCAGCAAGGGAAGCUCAGCUUGAACCAGGGAACUUCAGCACAAAGGCCUUCAAACGUGAUGGUCAGUUCAAACGCUGCAGCUCAGAACUGGGUUUCUUCAGAAGCAGGAUCGAAGCAACAGGAAACGCAGAGGGCUUCAGGAUCCACAUUCUCACCUGGAAGCUCCUAUCCAAAUCAGCCACUACAGCGCACAAGUGCCCUUCAGCAGUUCCCUCAGCGGGCCAUGGUGCCCCCUAACCAACUGAGCGCCCUCCAGAUGAGAAACCCUACGAGCCAAAUGAACCAAAGCCUAAAUGGACAAGUGGGGGGGCCACCCAAACCCCAGAGUGCAAUGCCUACUCAGUUGCAGGCAGAGGUUGUGGCCCACUUAAAUCCACCCAGGGUGGGGAUGACACAACCCCACCCCUUGUCAUCGAACCAGUUCUCAUCGAGUGCUACCCAAAUGUCCACCAGGGCUUUUCAAGGAACAGAUCCCUCCAAUGAUCUGGCGUUUGAUUUUCUGAACCAGCAAGCGGAUAACAUUGGGCCCGCCCUCAAUAGCGACCCAGACUUCAUUGAUUCUUUGUUGAAAACGGAACCUAGUAAUGAUGAUUGGAUGAAAGACAUCAACCUUGAUGAGAUAUUGGGAGGCCAUUCCUGAGGCCGCUAACAGUGAUGAACUCCCAGUGUUUUUUUAAGAGUGAAAAGUCAGGAUACCAGUCCUCGGUUUGUAAAAGACAAAAGGUUAGGGGAGGAGGGGAGGGGAGCAAAACAGUGGGUUGCUGGAUCCAACCUUAAAAAUAUAUUAAUGCAACCAUGCUUAAACAUAGCUUGUCCCAUUAUCAAGUAUGCUAAAGAGGGUGAAGUCUGGAUCUGCAGCUUCCAUACACGGUGAUUCUGAAUGAUGAAGGAACUUGGAGAAAUGGUUGCUCAUCAUCUAAACAAAUCCUAAAUAUGUAAGCUAAUAUUUGCAUCUAUUACACAAAGGAGAGACCAAGGAAUAUGCACUGCAUUGAAAUUAUACUGCUGACAUCCACUAAUGAUUCUCAUGUGUAUUCGUGUGUGUGUGUACAAAUAGAAAUCUGGCUGGGAAAAAUAAGCAGAAAACAAAAAACAACAACACCCAACUCAGAAAGCUUAGCAAAAGUCUUCCCUAACAUUGCACAUUCUAAUAGGUUUUAUUAGAAUCCCUAUCGCUUUCAUUCAGUGGCAAUGAAACAUUGCAUUGUGAGAACUGUCAUUCAGAACAUCUGAAGCACAUCAGAUUUAGGGAUGCAGGUUAACACUUCAUAGAGGGAAUCCGUGUGCCAUGAAAGAUAAGUUUAUUGAUAGAACCCAUAUAUAUGCAUAUCAAACAUCCCAGGGUCCAUAAGCUAUUUAGUGUGGGAUGAAAAAGAGCGAUCCCACAAUUCAGAAGAUCCAUGGCGCACAUGGCAGCUUCCUAAAUCUCUAGAGUUCUUAAUAUGUCUUAAAACAGCAAUUUUCUGUCCACUUUCCUGGAAAUAAAUCUACAUCAUAAUUCAGAUAGUUUGCCCCAUAAGUGGCUUCCUACCCACUUUCUAAUACCCCUCCUUAUGGGAGAAUCUGCAGAGUAUGGAGUACCAAACUCAAGAGAAUUAGAAACUUUCUAUUCAAGAUCUGUCUUGAAGUUUCAAAUAGAAAUAACCAGCUUGGCCAGCCUGUUACAAUUUCAUAAGUUUCCUUCUCCUCUCUAUGGCUUUCACAUCUCGUAGUGGGUUUUUUUUUUUUUCUCUUCCCUUCUCUUUAUCCUUUUAAUUAGAAAUUGGAGACAGGAUUGAAUUUUAGAUGCUAAUGGAAUCCCCUGUGUCCCAGAAUGCAGAUUAUUAUCAAGAUGAUCCAGUUUUAUCUUACACGUCAGUAACAUAUUAUGAAUAAGAAUGAGGAUCCGUGAGGCAGGGAUCCCUGCAAACCUCAUGCAUAUAGGCUCAAAGGAUAUCGAAUGGUAGUUCCGUCAAACAUGGUUUAAUUAUUUGAGCGCACAUUGCAACCAGCCAGUCAGCAUUCUUAAGAUAGCAAUUUAAACAGUUCAUUGUUCAAAUUCAAGGUUUGUUUGUUUUUUUAAAAUAUAUAUUCCUGUUCGUUCAUAAACAGCACAAUAUUAAGUGAGGUUUAAGUUCUUCCCUUGGAUUUUCAUGACAGUGGCAAGCAGAGAUAAUACAUUCUGGAGUGGAAGGAGGUGCUUUACUUGUCAUUGACAAUGAGCUGUGGUGGCGCAGUGGUUACAGUGCAGUACUGCAGGCUACUUCUGCUGACUGCCGCCUGCCUGCAAUUUGGCAUUUCGAAUCUCACCAGGUUCAAGGUUGACUAAUCCUUCCGAGGUGGGUAAAAUGAGGAUCCAAAUUGUUGGGGGUAAUAUGCUAACUCUGUAAACCACUUAGAGAGGGCUGUAAAAGCACUGUAAAGCAGUAUAUAAGUCUAAGUGUUAUUGCUAUUGCUAUCUUGGAUUCUCUACAUUGCCCUGUACAUAAUUCACUCAGGACACUGUUAGGAACCUACAGGCGUCCCGAUCUUAUACUCUCCGGGUAGAUCGAGUCUUCUACAACACUUUCUACCCAACAUAUUUGCAACGACAAUUUUGCAAAUUUCAGUCCUAAUAUAUCUGAAGCAUACCAUUGUGGGAAAACUGAAAUAAUGAGCAGCUUGCAGUUCUGAUGAAGUGAGAAACGAAGGUUGGUCACCUAAGGAUUUCAGAUGCUGUUCCUGGCCAUUGGAUCUAUAAAAUCUUACAAUUCCCGAUUACCUGCAGUUCCAUAAACCAAAGCUGUAAAAGAGACCUAUCGUUGUGCAACCUCUGUUUAUUUUAAAAUUCCAGGCCUUUGAACACUUAACCCUAGGUUGCACCUUUGUGACCCAACGCUGAAAAAAAGCUGGGAAUAUUUUGAUUUUAAAACAAGAAGAAGGAAAAAAAAACAAAAACGCCUGCAUCUUGUUAUCACCAUGUAUCUUCUUUUUACCGUUACAGUUAAAUGCACUACGCUUUUAUCUUUUGCAUUAUUGGAUCAGGAGUUCUUUUCAGUAUUGGGCUUGUAAAUAUAGAGAAAAGUUUUUGUAAACUUUUGUACAAAAAUGUAAUAUUUUGGUAGGAAUACUAAAAUCAUAUUCUUUGGGUUAUAUUUAUACACAUGUGGAAUAAAAAUGUAAUGUCCGAACUUUGUAUUUUAUACUGCAAAGGAGAUAAAAAGAAAUUCGUAUUUGAAUAUACAAUGUAUGGGGCAAGGGGAAAUGUAUGAUACGAUUAAUUUUUUCCAUCCUGAGAUUUAUGCAGCAGCUUAUAUAAGAGGAAACCGGAAGAGAAGUUUGAAUAAAAUUAUUGAGGAUCCUAAA